AUGGUUGGGGGACCAAAGGUGGAGACGGUGUCGGUAUCGAGGUGGAAGGGGAGCUGCAAAGGGUACAAUGCUAACCAAGAUUUACGUCUCUUGGAGAACGUGGACCGCGCUGGCUGCAUCGAGAAGCAGAGAAGGCGAGGUUUGAGCUUACUUUGCUCACCGAAGGCCAACCGUUACCGCUGCAGACUGGCUCAGACUCGCCUCGCUGACGGUUUUGACACGAUCCAAGAAGAACUUCGCGUUGGCCGUCCCUCCACCUCUUCGAAUCUGCACCAGCGGCGAGCGCCUGCUGCCCGCGAAGCCUCCUCCUCCAGCGUCGAGGAGGAUCGCAAGAUCUCUGGCAGCCAGAUCAACCACACCAUCUCUCCCUCGUCCUCCUCGACGCCAGCUUCAUCCAAGUCGAACCGUCCUGCACUCUCCGUCAACACCGACCACAGCACUCAACCCACGGACGGCACCUUGCAAAAGCACAAACGCGGGCACGUUCAGAAACAUGAAAAGAUCGAACGCAUCGGUCUCCUUCGCGGCUCCUCCUACGUCAAAUCAAACGACAAGGACUCUGUCGGUGAACACGAGCUUACUACGUCCAUCGGCUUGCAAGACGACGCCGUCUACGAUGCCUACCUUCCCCGACCUAUCGCCUUCCUCCGACGUUGCAUCGUCGCAAUCCUUCGAAGAGAGGCUCCGUUGCACGAACGACACCAACGUCUGGUACGCAGACCAUGGCUCGACAGGUACUUUGUCAACACCUCUCUGCUAGGGACACAUUCCUUCUUCCUGGUCUUCUUACCCAUGGUAUUUUGGUUGGGUAGUCCGCGGUUUGGUCGAGGUCUCAUCAACGUUCUCGCUUUCGGCGUCUAUCUCUCCUCCGCCAUCAAGGACCUCUUUUGCGUACCACGGCCCUACUCCCCACCCGUCACACGUCUCACCGUAGGCACACACCAUCUCGAAUACGGCUUCCCCUCCACUCACUCCACCAACAGCGUCAGCAUCGCCCUGUACAUCUACCUCUGGGUUCGAAAGAUGCGCGAAGCUGCCGACCCUUCCGACUCGUCCCUCUUCGACUCGUACCUCUGGGAAGCGGGUCUGCUCUUCUACGCUACCUCGGUCGUCUACGGCCGUAUCUAUGCCGGGAUGCAUUCGGUCAUCGACUGCAUCGCAGGUUCCGCUUUGGGCGCGGGCAUCACUGCGGUGCAGUGGACCUUUUUCGAUCACAUCGAGCAGUUUGUCAAGGUCAACAGUUGGGGCGUCCCUGCCGUGAUUGUUCCGGCGGGGCUGUUGAUGGUUUCGGUUCAUCCGCAACCGGUGGACGAUUGUCCUUGCUUUGAAGAUGCGAUCGCAUUCGUUUCGGUUGCGAUGGGUGUGGCAUUGGCGAGGUGGUGCCUUCGAUUCGGGGUUGUGCUUCAUACGGAUCCUCUGCUGCACCCUUUCUCGACGUUCUUCGACCCAGCAGCUGAAUACUCUACCGUCAACACAACCGCGACAACUUCGGGGACGCCGCUGAUACAGAUCCCCGUCGCAGGAGCAGCCGAGAUCUGGAUCAAACGAGGUCUCGUCAUGGCCAUCGGUCUCGUCAACGUCCUCCUCCUCCGAGUCAUUGUCAAAACCGCGUGCAAAGUCAUCCUCCCACCCACGUUCCGUCUCGUCGACCAACUGAUCGGCUUCAGCCUGCCACGAAGACACUACACACCAGCGAGCGAUUACAACAAGAUCCCCUUGGCAGACCUCAGCGCCGUGCCAUCGGUGAUCGAUCUUCCUUCGCAGAUCAUCGUUACGGAUGAGAGCGGCAAGCAGCAAACGAUCCAGAGUCCCAUCCUGUCGCCCACCUCGUCGAGUCGGAGGGGCAGUGCCGACGUGCGCAACGGUGCAGCGAUAGGCGGUGGCGCUUUCAGUCCGUCGCUGUUGGGGAGGUCUCCACUGCAUUCACCGAUUCCUUCGAGGACGCCAAGUCCAAACCCCUUGGAGAUGCGUCGAAGUCUGGCUAGCACGGGAAAGUCGCCCAAGAAGAAGAUCCAGUUCACCAUCGGAGGAGGUGCAGCUGACGAAACCGAUGCAGACUCCACCCCAGACACGGCGACGGAUCUUCCGAUUCCAUUGACCCAGUCCAGAGCGCAUCCGAAUUUCAUCCCUCCCGACGAACAGUUGGCCCGAAAUCUAGCAGCGGACAUCAAAGGCUCUACACCCAAGGACGUCGAACAGCAGGUCAAGCACUACGACGCCGACGUGCUGACAAAGGUCAUCGUGUAUACCAACAUCGGUCUGUUUUCAGCUGGAUUCAUCCCGGCGCUUUUCCAGCAUCUGGGUCUCUGUUGA